AUGGCGUUCAAACUAUUACAGAGAGCCUUUGAGCAAAAGUUCAUUGUCGACGACCGAGAGCCGGUGUUUACCUUCAAGUUGCCAUAUUAUUUCUUCUCUGACGACACCGAAUGGGGAAUCCUCGCGCCAAGAAUUGAACCAUGGCUUCAAAUAUUGCUCUUUGUCGUGGUCCAAGCCGUGAUUCAGAGUAUAUUUGCUGCUUUUAUCUACCAAUUCAUUGUGCCCAAUCGUCGAACUGCCUCGGCGUACAUUCUUGGUUGGGGACUUUGCAUUCCACUGUCCUUUUAUCUGCCAUUUGCUCUGUUGGAAUUCUUGGACAUUCGAAACCGAAUGAUGUGUUUGCCGGCUUCUACGCUCAUGACAUGCGUCACUUUCAGAUGCAUCGAAGCCAUGUACAAUACAUCUCCUGCGGUUGUGGAAUCUUCCUUGCUCAACUAUGUGGCGUACUAUUCGUCGCCAGUGAGCUUUGUUUGGGAUGACAAGAAACAAUGCCGAAAGCCGGUCGAAUAUUCAAAAAUGGCAUCGUUUGCCGGUGAAGUUCUAUUCUACUUUCUGUCAGCAUCGGUUGUCGUCUCUUUCUUGAAGCAUUAUGAUUAUCGUCCAUUUGGAGGGGAGAUCACCCAGUAUGACAAGUUUCACUUUGGCUGGGAUUUGUUGUCCUUGCAACAUCUUGGUAACGCCUACUUUCAUGCCCUCGCGGUAUAUCUCGUACUGAGCACCGGAUUCAAUCUAAAUGCAUUGAAUGAGAUGAUCAAGGGAGCUGAUGUCAUGAGAAUAUUCGAUUCACCCUUCCUCAAGAGCCGUACCCCGAACGAGUUCUGGACCGAGCGAUGGAACCUGAUGACGCGGAAUCUAUUGAAGACUGGAGUCUUUCUCCCCCUUCGACAGAUUUCGGGUCCAAAGCUCUCGGUGCUUCUGACCUUUAUCGUUUCAGGACUCUACCACGAAUAUGUCUGGAUGUGUACCUUCUAUAAUCAAAAGCAUCUGCUAGAAGGUGGUUGCGAAGACUGUCAUGAGAUUCAGUUUGGCAGAGUGACUGGAUUCUUCUUUUAUACUGGGGUAUUGCUUUUGCUUCAGAGACCACUCGGAAAGCUUGCCCUAUUCCAGUGGUUUUACAACAAUCUUCCCCGGCCAAUACUGGCUCAUUUGCUUGUGCUCCUUCACCUACCAGUAGCUUCAUGGUACUAUGGUGACUGGAUUCACGGUGGAUACUUUCACAGCUUUUCAAUUUGUGUGUUCCAAAUACAAAGUAUAUGA